UUAUCAGCAGUUUCAACUUUGCCCUAGAACAGAGAACACAUUCAGGAACACAAAUGUUCAGAGAACAGCACCAAACUGACAUACUCAGGUUUUCUCUCUGGAUUUUAAUCAUUUUCUUCUGUUUGCUUGUAUUUCUGUUGGUGAUUCUAGUGCCUGGAACAUGGCACAUCUCUCAGACAAGGGUUACUCUGGGACUGAACUCCUAGACCUGCUCCUCGAGCCCCAUAUGGACCCUCACAUGGACAGCAAAGGUGACCAUGGCAACCCAGCAUGGUCAAUCACAGAUCAAAGCAUUCUGUGUCAUGGUGAAGACGGUGUUGUUGAUAACUUCUUGGACUCCCUGUUGCAAGCGUCAGAUGGUGUGUCGCAGCCCUGCUCUCCUCUGUGGGUCUCCUCACCCUCUGACAGCGGAAUCAGUGACGACACCCCGUCUGACCACCUGGACAGCCCGCCGCCGUCCGUCAGCCCGCUUUUCAACUCCAUCUUCCUCCCUCAGCAUCCUCAUCUUCUCCCUCAGCAUCUUCAGCAGCAGGACGCACCUGUCGCAAACACAGAGCCUGAUGUCUCCAUUGAUCUGGAAGAUUGGGAGGCCUGUCUGUUCUCUGAUGGUCUGACAGACUCUCAGUGCAUGUCAGCAGUGCAGAGAACUCAACCAGCCACCGUUAACCAGCUCACCGUAAAAGACCUGCUGCUUUCCAACAUCGGAGAAGUGUCGAAACCCUCUACCCAGCAAUCCCAGCAGGAACUGAUUCUUAAUGAAGAUGAGAAGAAACUUUUAACCAAGGAAGGAGUCAGUCUUCCCAGCCAACUUCCUCUUAACAAGUAUGAAGAAAAGAUUUUGAAGAAGAUUCGUAGGAAAAUCCGGAACAAGCAGUCGGCACAGGAGAGCCGCAAGAAAAAGAAAGAAUAUGUAGAUGGACUGGAGGGAAGAAUGGCUGCCUGCAGCGCUCAGAAUCAGGAAUUACAGAGGAAAGUCUUCCAGCUGGAGAAAACCAACACGUCUCUGAUGGAGCAGUUACGCUGGCUGCAGUCUCUGGUGAUGAAUGGCUCCAGUAAACCGGCUCAGACGGGAACCUGCAUCCUGGUAAGAUGACAGCGCAGGAGGAGGAGCCUAAGAAAGGGAAAGAAAUUAAGGAAGGAAGGAAGAAAGGAAGCUCUAUGCUUUGAAGGAAUCCGCUCCAGGCAUUUUUACAACUGAAGCACAAUCAAAGUCAAGCUUCAAACAUGAACACUGAACAUUUCCAGAAGAGGUAGCAAAAGGAGGAAAGUAAAUGGUCGGUGACACAUAAGCCAGAG